AUGGCUGCCAAUCAAUCAUCAUCUCAGAAGCCUUUUUAUCAUUGCAAUUUUUGCAAACUUAAUGGACACAUUGAAUCUCAUUGUCAGAGGAAGAACAUGUAUUCUUCUUCGAGUACUGCUUCUACUGGUUCCUUUGCUGCUAUGACCACCAACACAUUGGCUGCACCAUCGCUAACUUCAUAA